AACGGGGGCACCUACGAUGGCAUCAAGUGUCUCUGCACCCCGUACUUCUACGGCCCCUUGUGCGAGUACUCCACCAGCUCCAUCGAGACCAACCUCCGUCCUGGCCUCCCUGGAGAUCCUGGGCUCCCUGGUGGUCCUGGGCUCCCUGGAGGUCCUGGCCUCCCUGGAGAUCCUGGGCUCCCUGCCCUGGAGAUCCUGGGCUCCCUGGUGGUCCUGGGCUCCCUGGAGGUCCUGGCCUCCCUGGAGAUCCUGGGCUCCCUGGUGGUCCUGGGCUCCCUGGAGGUCCUGGCCUCCCUGGAGAUCCUGGGCUCCCUGGUGGUCCUGGGCUCCCUGGAGGUCCUGGCCUCCCUGGAGAUCCUGGGCUCCCUGGUGGUCCUGGGCUCCCUGGAGGUCCUGGCCUCCCUGGAGAUCCUGGGCUCCCUGGUGGUCCUGGGCUCCCUGGAGGUCCUGGCCUCCCUGGAGAUCCUGGGCUCCCUGGUGGUCCUGGGCUCCCUGGAGGUCCUGGCCUCCCUGGAGGUCCUGGGCUCCUGGAGAUCCGGGGCUCCUGCUGGUCCUGGGCUCCCUGGUGGUCCUGGGCUCCCUGGUGGUCCUGGGCUCCCUGGUGGUCCUGGCCUGCCUGGAGGUCCUGGCCUGCCUGGAGGCCCUGCUUACCCGGGGACGAUCGUGGCAGACGUGGAGAUGGUGGUGACCGUCACCAACUUCAACUACACGGAGGAGCUGAAUGACACCCGUUCGGAGACCUACCGCAAAUUUGAGGAGCACUUCCAGAAGGAG